AUGGAGUUCAUGACGGCCCUCCCGGCCUUCGACGAGCAGAAGCCGUCCCUCUUCGAGCUCCUCUCCGAACAGCAGCUCAACGGCCUGCUGCCGCCGACCCUGCGCUACCUCCUGACCGUCGCCACCCAGCGCUACCCCCGCUACCUGCUGCGCGUGCUCAACUCGUUCGACGAGCUCCACGCCCUGCUGAUGCUCCUCGUCGAGCGCCACUACCUGCGCACCCGAGGCGGCUCCUUCACCGAGCACUUCUACGGCCUCAAGCGGGAGAAGGCCCUCCACGCCGAGAUCCCCCGCGCCAACGCCGCCGCCCCCGCCAUCGUCCGCGAUGCCCUGCGCCUGCGCACCGCCGACGUCUGGAAGAACCUCGCCGUCAUGGUCGCCCUGCCCUAUCUCAAGCGCAAGCUCGACGACGCCCACGAGGUCAACGCCCCGCGCGCCCUGCUCGGCGCCGCCUACACCCGCCUGCCCGCGAACCCGACCCCGAAGCAGCGCCUGCUGCACUGCUACCGCUGGUUCCUGCGCACCCUCUACCCCUCCGUCAACGCCGCCUACCAGUUCGCCGUGCUCGCCUUCCACCUCGCCUACCUGUUCGACACGUCCAAAUACCACCACCCCUUCCUGUGGAUCAUCGGCACCCGCGUGCGCCGCAUGAACGCCGACGACUACCGCGCCAUCGAUGCCCUGACCACCACCACCCCGAAGACCGCCCACGGUCGCCCGCCCGGCGUCCGCGCCUUCUUCGCCCCGCGCGCCCUCGCCCCGCGCCUGCUCUCGAGCCUCUCCGUCCUGCUGCCCGCCAGCAUCUUCGCCCUCAAGUUCCUCGAGUGGUGGCACGCCUCCGACUUUGCCAAGCAGCUGUCGCGCAAGGCCGGCGACGCCCUCGACCUGCCACCGCCCGUCGUCUCGGGCCUGCCGCCGACGACGUCCGCCGCGCCAGACGCCACGUCCACGACGCCCGCCGCGCCGGACGCCACGGCCACGACACCCGCCACGCCAGACGCCACGGCCACGACCACCACCACCACCGCCGCCGAGACGGCCCCCAUCGCCACGCCCUCCCUGCUGCCCAUCUACACCGUCCCGGCGCCGGCGGACACGACCCUGUGCCCCGUGUGCGCCGCCGCCAUCGUCACGCCGACGGCCUGCCAGACGGGCUUCGUCUACUGCUACUCAUGCAUCCAUCGCUGGCUCGAGGGCGCGCAUCCCAGGCAGGAGGCCUUUAUGGAAGACAAGCAGGCCAGGUGGGAGAGCGGCGCCGGCCGUUGUGCCGUCACCGGGCGCCGCGUGCUGGGCGGGACCGAGGGGCUGAGGCGCAUCAUCGUCUAG